GUCUGUUCCCAGCGGAUAGAAAACGAGCGAGUCCGUCGUCCGUCCGUCCGUCGCUGGCGCUGCUGGUUGGUUGGCUUUGGCAGACAGACUAACUAACUGACUGACUAGACUGACAGAUUGCACCGUUGUAUUUGAAAGAGAGGAGUUCGACUUUCACAUUUGCAUGACAAAAUGAUGAAAAAAAGCGUCGAGAAGGUUAUAAGAGGAAGGAGAGCAGCAGAUCGAGUGCUGUACCCGACGAAACCCCAGUCAUCCGUUCAGAAGGUCCCUGUCGUUGGAGGUACCCCCAUCUCUCUUCAGCUGGCCGUCGACCUGCGCACUCUGGUGUUUGGCUCCGCAUGCAUCAUGGGAUCAGCGGAAGGGGAAUGGCUAGGCGAACAGUUCCAUUUCCACGAGGGCGACACCUUCCGAGCCUUUGCCAUGAGGGCCUCUAAAACUAGCACCAAGGGCCUCCUCAUGUGCGUCCAGGGAUACGUCCUCAAACACAUGCUCUUCUCCCGCAAAGGUCCGAAGGCGGCGAAUACCGGAGAUCCUGCGCUCCAAUUAAAAGUGUCCGUGAAGACGCAGGAGGACUCUCUCAUAGCCGCCCUCAGCGACAUCCUGUGGAAAGCAGGCGACAGGCAGUCUGCGGUGUUGUGUCUCACCCAAGGAAAUGUUUACGUCAAUGAUUGCUCCAGUUACCAGACAGACGGCUGUACUGAAAAGAUUCACACGUUCGAAUUGAAGAAACAAGAGGAACUCACGGCAUAUAUUAGAAGAUACCUCUUUGAGUUUGUUACGGAGGAAUACAACGGACUAUUGUUAUUUUUAUACAGCUUAGCUCUUUCCCGCGGUUUUGAAAGAUUAGCCGAGGACAUGGACGGGGAUAAUGUGACCCUGGUGCAAAAGAACGGCUGCAUCCAUCCAUGCAUGGCUACUCUCAUACUCACCGGGAGAGCCAGUCAUUAUCUACACAAUGGCAUUAUAUACGAAGGAUCAGAGGACUCAAUGGCAAAGGCGAAGACGGGGCUCCUGACGAGGGGGGAGAUAGGCCUGCUGGAGUGGGAGAAGCAGGAGGGCAAGAAGCAGUACAUCAACGUGGUUGGAUCGAGGUUGAAGACGCCCUCCAUGCCCGUCUGGGUCGUCAGGAGCGGCGAGUUCUAUGGCGUCCUUUUUAACCCCAACAGAGAUUUGACUCGUGACUAUCACGCUGAAAACAGAUUUGAUCUCUUCUUUCACUACGGAACUUUUACCAAAAUGCCGACGGCUGUCAUGAUCACCAUUGACACCCGAAACACAGGAGUGUACGAGGAGUAUAGUUCGCCUCCUUUGGAGAACAUCAUUCGGACGAAGUGGGCAGGAGCCGAAGUCAACUGGAACGGAGUCGAACCAUUCAUGUGAAUAGCAAUGGAUGAGUUCGUAGCACAGGACGAGUUUAGAAACGUUUCAUUAAUAAUAAUAGAAGUAAUGAGGAAUGGAUGCUAUUCGGGAAGGACUUCAUUAUUACUCUAUUCGUGUCCUUUCAAUCUCCGUCUACACUUGUCGUCCGUGGCUGAACUUGCUGCUGUCCUCUCGCUCUUCGAAGACAUCUGCAAUCUACGUCUGACUCUUUUAUUAUCAGCUAUUGUUUCAGCUCUAUCUAUGUAUCUAUCUAUCUAAGUUCGAUAUAGUACACCUGCAAAUCUAUGAAUCAACCUGCAUAAUAAGCGGGCGUCCCAAGAGAUAGUAAGUGUGUACCUAAAUGCUUGAGUGUCAAGUUUUUUUUUUUUUUUUUUUUUUUUUUAUCGAUACAGCUGUUAGAAAAUUGGCUAACUGUUGUUUUCUCCUCUAAAAUAGUCAUCGAAUCAUUAAUCAUACGAUUUGUAAUCAGAGAUGCGAGUACGGAUCCGC